CCAGGGAGCGAAGAAGAGAAAAAAAGAGAGGGAAAUAUUCAUUUUGUCUAGAUGUUUAUUUGAACUUUUUCUUCUUUUUUUCCCCGGAAUUCACAUCGCCUGCAUUGCCUGUUAUAUCAGCUUGAAGGAGAAAGAGAGUUUCCGUAGUGGGACCAUUUAAAACUUAUGGGCCUCGGUUUCGGCGGGCGUUCGGCGUUCUCCAUUUUCCCCAAGCUUCAAAAAUCGAUACUUAAUUGUUACUUACAUGCGAGUCGCGAACCUCGAACCCUUAAAUCAUUAUAGUGAAAUUUCCCCAGACUCUCCACUCUCCACUCCUCUUUUCUUUUCUUAAUUAACCCUCGUUCCUAAUUUUCUAUCCUUUUCUUCUAAUUAUCUUUUCUGCUCACUCCCAAUUCCGUAGCCAAUCGUGCUUUCGUGCUUGUAUCAAUAGAAUCACUGCUGUGCCCCUCAUCACCUCCGUUGCUUGCCCCUCCAGGUCGCAUUUGGCGGGAGCUUCUGAGCUCAAAAUCGAGACAACAUGGCCUCGCCUGUAGCAUCCGCAGCUCUGAAGGCUCGAGUUAGUCGACCUUCGAUGCUAAAGAAGCUAUGCCGACCUGAAGACAUGCUUCACCAUUUCCCUAAUGGUGCCUAUAUUGGUUGGUCGGGGUUCACUGGUGUGGGUUAUCCGAAGAAAAUACCCACGUUUUUAGCAGACCAUGUCGAGAAGAACAACCUCCAGGGCAAGCUCCGCUACACAUUAUUUGUCGGCGCGUCGUCAGGAGCCGAAACCGAGAACCGAUGGGCUGCACUCGACAUGAUCGAGAGGCGUAGCCCUCACCAAGUCGGCAAGGCUAUUGCAAAGGGUAUUAACGAGGGAAGGAUUAAAUUCUUUGAUAAGCAUUUAUCUAUGUUUCCGGUAGAUCUAGUAUAUGGAUUUUACACCAAAGAUAGGCCGAGCAACAAGUUAGAUGUCGUAGUGGUUGAAGCUUCGGAAAUCAAAGAAGAUGGAAGCAUCGUCCCAGGCGCAUCGGUCGGCGCAACACCAGAACUCAUCCAGCUCGCAGACAAGAUUAUAAUCGAAGUCAACACGUCGAUCCCUAGCUUUGAUGGACUUCACGACAUCACGAUGACCGACUUGCCCCCUAGACGAAAGCCCUACCUGAUUAUGGGCGUAGAAGACCGUAUUGGAACUACAUCUAUCCCUAUCGAUACGGAAAAGGUCGUCGGCGUGAUCGAGUCCGAUUACCAAGACCAAACGACGCAUAACACGCCUGCAGAUGAAAACUCUCGUGCGAUCGCACGCCACCUGAUCGAGUUUUUUGAGCACGAAGUUCAACAUGGCCGCAUGCCCAAGUCUCUCCUCCCCCUGCAAUCUGGUAUCGGUAACAUCGCCAACGCUGUCAUCGGUGGCCUCAGUGAAUCCAACUUCUGGAACCUGAAAGUGUGGACCGAGGUUAUCCAAGACACCUUCCUCGAUCUCUUCGACUCUGGCCGCCUCGAUUUCGCUACCGCAACCUCGGUCCGCUUCUCCCCCGAAGGCUUUAAGCGCUUUUACGACAACUGGGAAGCGUACCGUAAUAAGUUGCUUCUACGUUCGCAGCAGGUUUCCAAUUCUCCUGAGAUCAUCCGCCGGCUAGGUGUAAUUGGCAUGAACACGCCAGUCGAAGUUGAUAUCUACGCGCACGCUAACAGCACGAACGUUAUGGGCAGUCGCAUGUUGAACGGACUAGGCGGCUCUGCUGACUUCUUGCGGUCGUCUAAGUACAGCAUCAUGCACACACCGUCAACGCGACCAUCUAAGACAGACCCGAUUGGUGUCAGCUGUAUUAUACCGAUGUGCACACACGUAGAUCAGACCGAGCACGACUUAGAUGUGGUAGUGACGGAAACGGGUCUCGCAGACGUACGAGGCUUGAGCCCCCGCGAGCGCGCCCGCGUCAUCAUCGACAAGUGCGCCCACGAAGAUUACCGACCCAUCCUCAAGGAUUACUUCGAGAAGGCCGAGUUUGAAUGCCUCAAGAAGGGCUGGGGCCAUGAACCGCACCUACUUUUCAAUAGCUUCGACAUGCACAAGGCGUUACUAGAGGAGGGUAGCAUGCGGAAGAUUAAGAAGUGGUAAGGGAUAGAUAUUGGGCAUAGGAAAAGUCAUACGAGCGGAGGCAUACAUAUUGGGAUUGCAUAUUAGGAUUUGACGCACUUAAGCUAUAUCGAUUUCGAAACAAGUGUAUACGCGAUUCUCUUGCCAUUGGGGAGCAUAUUGCAAUUUCUUAGGGUCUUGUGUCGACCCUAGAAGAAGUCGCAUAGGACUAUAGCAUAGAUACAGAAGUUCCCAACAUCAGU